AACUAAAAAAUACUUUCAUUACUUCCUGUUUGUUUCGUUGUAACUGCUCUAUCAGUUAACUUACGCGAAAACGAAAGAGAAAACGCUCAAUAUAGACUGGAAGAUUAAAGAACUGCAAAGAAAAAAGCAGCUGCAAAAUUUAGAAAAAAUGGCAGACAAAUCUGUUGUUCCUGAGGUAGAAGAGAGCAUGGAGCCUUCAGGUGAUGCAACGGAUGCCAAACCAGACCGAAAAGGAAGAUUUUUUCUAUUUGGAAAUAAGAAAAAAAAGGAUGACCAAGGCAUGGAGCAAGACCUUUCUUCCGAAAGCCAUUACAGAAUUGUUUCACCAACAUUCCAGUAUAAGAUGAACUACAAGCAAGUUGGGAAAUGUAUUAUUAUCAACAAUAAAAACUUUGAUGAAAAAACAGGAAUGAAUGUAAGAAAUGGCACAGACCGAGAUGCUGGAGAACUGUUUAAGUGUUUUAAAAGCCUGGGCUUCAAUGUUUUCAUUUACAAUGACCAGACAUGUGAGAAAAUUGAAAAAUUACUCAGAGAUGCCUCUGAGGAAGAUCACAGCGACAGCUCGUGUUUUGCCUGCAUCCUCUUAAGCCAUGGAGAGGAAGGGAUGAUCUACGGCACCGACGGAGCGAUGCCAAUCAAGAGCGUCACCUCUUUGUUCAGGGGAGACAUGUGCAAGACUCUGGUGGGCAAACCCAAGCUGUUCUUCAUUCAGGCUUGCAGGGGUUCAGAGUUUGAUGAUGGAAUACAAACAGAUUCUGGCCCUCCGAAUGAUACUUUGGAAACUGAUGCCAACCCCAGGCAUAAAAUCCCAGUGGAGGCAGACUUCCUUUUUGCUUAUUCCACAGUGCCAGGUUAUUAUUCAUGGAGGAACCCUGGCCGAGGCUCAUGGUUUGUUCAGGCUCUGUGCAAUGUCCUGAACGAAUAUGGAAAAGACCUGGAGAUCAUGCAAAUUCUUACCCGGGUCAACUACAUGGUUGCUACCAACUUUGAGUCAUGGUCUGAAGAUCCACGCUUCAGCGAGAAGAAGCAGAUACCCUGUGUGGUCUCCAUGCUGACAAAAGAACUGUAUUUUAACUGAUGUUAAAGUUGACCAUCAAUGGUCACACAUUCAGGGAGAUUUAACCUUUAUAGCUUUAUUUUCUUCAGUGGCACUCAACGUACAUACAGUAUAUUAUCCUUGGAUUUUGUCACGUCGGCAGGCAGUGUUUAAUAUUCGUGUUAAUUAACUGACCUGAAAAUGUGGGGAAGUCUAGAAGGAAAACACAUGUUAAAAGGGUACAGAGCAAGUCACAUAGUAUUAAAGCACUGCUUACCAUAGCGGUACUCCGUGCUGUCUAUAUUCCUAAAAUACAAUGUCCAUGGUAUUUUUUUUUUGUAUUUAUACCCCCCAUUUGUAAUCCCCAAUUGUUUCUAUUGUCUAUAUGUUUGCCUCGUAAUAAUAAUUCCCGGACCUACAUUUGGAAAGGGAUUAACCCAUUCUAUUAACCUAUUAAGUUAUUCAUCUUUGGAUGCUGGUUGGUAGGUAUUGCCAUUAUUUCUGAACCAGAAUUUUCAAACCAUUUCAAACUGUGCUGUAGGUGGUGCCAUCUUUUGAAUGAAAUGUUAUGGGAUUAAGGAUCCCUGGCAGCGUUUAUAAGAGUAUGGGUAGUAACCCCAUUGUUUUGGCUAAAUUCCAUUCUAUGUUUUCAUUAUCUAGCCUACCUAAAGUUACCUCUUAUUACAACUGGUCAAGUACUUCCUCAGUUCUCCACUGAAGUGUAGUGGAUGCUAGCAAAUAAUGGCUGCUGUGCAUCAGAUAGGUGGGUGCUGCAAUUCAGUGCUCAAUAAAUUUAGUCCUGUCCUGUAGGUGUUUUGGAUGGAACAAAAGACAUUAUAUAAAAUCAAGGAAUAAUUCUUCUACAGUUACACCAAAAUUUGAUUUGAUUAUAUCACCCAUCUUUGUUUUAAGAACCUGAAUAGAAAAUGUAUGCAAUUAUGCUUACUGUAUAUUGUACAUGGUAUUUCCGGAAUACAUACAACACACCUUGCAGUGCUGGAAAGCUGUGUGCUUGUCAUUGACACCAAAGAAUGUUCUGUAACCCUUUAAAAGAAAUACUGAAAAUGCAGGUAAAUCUUUAGCAGCCGGACUGAAAAUCAUGUAAGAUCAAUACAUGUGUUUAAAUCAAAAAUAGAAAAUAAGAAUCGGAAUGUAUGCUAGUAGUUAUGAAAAACUUAUUAUCAGAACCAGAAGUGAAUAGAAUGACUAGAAUUGCAGGUGUGUGGGUAAAUUUGUACAAAUCUUAUAAAUUCCAGGUUAAGCACAUUAGAUAUAUAUAUUGAAAUACCUGAUGAGUUCUCACAUAAAAAGGUAAAAACAGUCUAGGUAUGCUUAUGACCUUGUUCUUAUGCCAUGCGAUGCCAUUUGAAGAGGGAGUAUAAUUUAUAUAGAAUUUAAAAAAUAUAUAUGCUGUGAUACUUUUUUCCCUCAAAGCUGAGCGCUGAAUCGGAUAGUAUACCUAGUGGCUGAAAAAGUAUCAACACAUUUUCAUUUUUAUAUGUAAUAUUGAAAGAAAUGGUAAACUGCUUAUACCUUAUACACAGACAGAAUACUCUAUAUGAGUUAAUAUAUUUAACAAAUAUAUUUACUGCAGUAAUAAGUUUAAAAAUCACAGCAAAAAUAAUUUCCUUUAUAUUAUAUUAUUUACAUUGGGACACUUCAGUGACUACUCACAUUUCAUUAAUCCAUGUAUUCAUAUCAUUUUAAUACUUCAAGCACAAAAGUUUUUAAUGAAAGUAUGAUGGAUUGUAAUGGUAUAUUGUUAUAAUGUUGACUUUGGGUAACUGACCACUAAAGGUUCACAUACAUCAUCAGCUCUGUAUCAGUGGCUUUCAGACAAAGUCAUUGGGAUGUAUAAAAGCAGCUUUAGCAGCUUUUUUCAUAGAAUCAGUCUAACCUUCUUCAUUUUAGGUUACCCUUUAAAUGUCAAAUGGUUAUCCUAUUGAUAUGGUUGAAGUAUUUUCUAUGCGGUUGUAUCUUCUGGCUUUUGAAAAACAUUAUUCAAGAUUGCUGCAUUGAAACAUUAAUAAAUAUGCAAGUUUACUGUUAGUAUGUUUUGAAGAACAAUAAUGAAACACAUUGCUUCUGUGAGACUCAGAAGGUGUCACUUUUACCUAGAUGUACAAUGAACAAUUUAUUGUGCAGAUAUUUAAGACUGGGACAAUCCAGGCCAGAGCAGAAGUGAUGCUAAAUUUUCUACUAUUGCCUUGCAAUUAAACAAAAUAUUCAAUUAUGUAUUCCAAGGCAGGUGCAUUUGCAUAUUUAUACUGUAAACCUGGAGUAUAGUAGUGUGCUGCACAUAGACUGUAAAAGGAUAUACUGUAUGUAUGACCUUGCAUACAACAAAUAUCAGGGUUUUAUAGCUUUUAAAUGAACACAUUUCUUCACGCUGGUAAUUUAAUAUUGCAUGUACAGCGUAUUCAAAAGUCAGAAGCCUGCUAAUCAGCAGAGGCAGCUAUUGCCGAUGUUAAUCUCACUGUUUCAGUGUUUUAUUUUUAGCAGUGAUUUUUUUAUUUUAUUUGGGGCAACUUAAAUGUUGUAUCAUACCUUCAAUAAUACAGUAGAAUAUGUUUUAAUUACAAGAGUUUUUUAAGUAGUACUGCACUCUAAGAUAAUUUCCCAGGGUGGCAAAUCACCCCAUAUGUUUUCUUUGAUAAAUCAGUUUUUACAGUUCAUCAAGGGUACUAAUAAAUGUUGUGGCUACUGUACAUCUGUGCUUCUGUGACAGUAUUGAACUUUAUUUUAAAUGCUACUCCUAAAAACAUUAAAAGACUUAUCCCGAUUAUAACAAUUAAAGCUACAAAAUGUUAACAUGAGAGAAAUAGACUGGAACAUGUUAUGUUAUAUUUCACUAUUCAUUUGUGAGCAUACUCAUGUCACUGUGUUAGUGGAUACUGAAUGGAGGAACUGAAAAAUGGGUAAUUAACUGAGACCAUGAGAAGAUUCAUAUUAUGUAAACUAAAUGAUAAUCCAGUCCAAUCUUCAAGAUUUAAGUAUAAGAUAAGGGUCAUAAAUAAGGGAUUUGGAAAACUCUUUUAGGUUUGAACUGCUUCUAUUGUUGGAUCCUUUUUCAAUGCUGAACUAGAUCUUACAGGGACAGCAUUUGAGCCCUGGGCUCAGUUAUGUACCUUAAAUACAGCGAAUAACCAGAUAAAGUAAAUUGAGAAGUUAAGAAAGUUGAAAAGUGCUAACAUACUUUUGUUUACAGCCAACAUACAGUAAGUCUAUGAGAAAUUUAAAAAACGAUAAACUGCUGUUCCACAACAGAUUGAAUGUUUUAUAACAAUACCUCCUGAACUAUUCCUUUGAAAAGUCAUUUAAAUUUAUAGUAGAGCCUUUCCCCCAAAGUGACAAAUUACAGAUUAACUUGAAGUUAAUUUGCUUCAAGGUGGAGAGAAACUUCAGUAUGAACAACAUGAUAAUAUACAGAAUACUGAGCAAUUGCUGUAAUUUAAUUAUCUUAAUUUUAUUGUACAGUAGAUAUGUGUACUUUGAGGUGGUACAGAUUGCCUCUUUAUGAUUCAACUCUUUUUAAAGGUUACUAUGCAUUGGACUCUCAACUAUAAUAAAGAGCUUGAAACUCAGGUUUUGCCUCAGGUUCUUUUAAAGUAACCAAAUUAAUUCAUGUUAUCAUAUUUAUCAUCCUAAUAAAUUUUAGAGUUUCCAGAUUUGCUGAGUUUUAUACUGCAAACAGUUUGCUCAGAUUUUGUUCUGGAACAGGAUCUUCAGAAUUCUUUCUCAGUAAUGUUAAUUAAGUAGUAGUCAGUGUUAAAUAAAUUGAAAAUAUCAUAUUAGAAACAUACAUUCCCUCAAAAAGGAAAAGAGAAGAUCUUUUUCUCCUCAUAAGAGACUUGUUGUCUAUGCUUCAAAUUACAAAAAAAAAUGUUCAUAUGAAAUAGUUUGUAAUCACAAUAAACUCAUUCUGCUUUGGA